CAUCUCUCAAUCUCUCCCAUAACUGUCAAACAUUGUUUACACCAAUCUUGCUUCCCUUGUCUGAAUUUUCCCAGCAUCCAAUUCCUCCAACCAUCUUCCCACAAAUCAGCAAGACCUACCUCACCUGAAUUCCUUCAUCCAUGGCCACCACCACCACCACCACCACCAUCUCCACUACCCACAAAUGGAGCAUUUCUGUGGCAGAAGACCUCAAACGUCUCACUCCCCACUGCACCUUCACUGAAAGAGCUUUGGUAUGGACCGGAGAGGAGGAUGAAAUUUUAGCAAAGCAAGAACAACAAUUGGAGGAAGUGAGGAGUGUGUUAAGAACAGUAGGAGAAGAAGAAGACUCACUAAAAGGUCUGGUCAUGAUCGAUGCCCUCCAACGGCUAGGCAUUGAUUACCACUUCCGGGAGGAUAUUGAAGCUGUUUUACACAGCCAAUAUAUGAAAUCUAGCAGCCAUAGCUUUACUGAUCAACAUGAAGAUCUUUAUGAGGUUUCGACUCGCUUUCGUCUGUUGAGGCAACAAGGCUACAAUGUGCCCACAGAUGUGUUUGACAAGUUCAAGGACAAGGACGGAAGGUUCAAAACAGAACUAAGUGAAGACAUUAGAGGGUUAAUGGGAUUAUAUGAAGCAUCACAGCUAAGCAUAGAAGGAGAAGACAUACUUGAUCAAGCUGCAGACUUCAGUGCCCAACAACUUAAUGGGUGGUUGACACGUCUUGAUAAUCAUCAUCAAGCCAAAGUUAUCAGCAGCACACUAGGGCAUCCCCAACACAAGAGCCUGGCAAAGUUCAUGGCCAAGAAAUUCCUCAGUGAUUACAAUGGCCCCAAUGCAAAUGCCCUGCAAGAACUAGCAAAAAUGGAUUUCAAUAUGUCUCCGUCCAUGUACCAGAAGGAAAUGCUUCAAGUUUCCAAAUGGUGGAAAAGCACAGGUUUGGGCAAUGAGUUGAAGUAUGCAAGAAACCAACCACUAAAAUGGUACCUGUGGUCUAUGGCAACCCUCACUGACCCAAGCUUAUCAGAGCAAAGAGUUGAGCUCACAAAACCCAUCUCUCUUGUCUACAUAAUAGACGACAUUUUUGAUGUUUAUGGCACACUAGAAGAACUUAUUCUCUUCACAGAGGCUGUCAAUAGAUGGGAACUAGCAGCUGUUAACGAACUACCCAGCUAUAUGAAGAUUUGUUUCAAGGUUCUUCAAGACAGCACAAACGAAAUUGCCUAUGGGGUCCACAAAAAGUAUGGUUGGAACCCCAUCGAUUCUCUACAAAGAACGUGGGCAAUUUUGUGCAACGCGUUCUUAGAAGAAGCGAAAUGGUUUGCUUCAGGGCAGUUGCCAAAAGCAGAAGAGUACUUGAAGAAUGGGAUUGUUAGUUCAGGUGUGCCCGCAGUAUUAGUUCACAUGUUCUUUCUCUUGGGUCAUGGAAUGAACAAGGAAAGUGUCGAUUUUAUGAUCGACAAUCCUGACAUCAUAACCUCUACCGCUACAAUUCUCCGUCUUUGGGAUGAUUUGGGAAGUGCCAAGGAUGAGAAUCAAGACGGUCAUGAUGGAUCCUAUGUAGAUUGCUACAUGAAGGAACACGAGGGCUCUACAGCUGAAACCGCAAGAAAGCAAGUUGUUGACAUGAUUUCAGAUGCAUGGAAGCGACUCAACCGGGAAUGCCUGUCUCCAAAUCGAUUUUCUGCCAAUUUCACCCAGGGUUGUCUUAAUACUGCAAGGAUGGUUCCUUUGAUGUACUGCUAUGAUGACAAUCAUAACCUCCCAAUCCUUGAGGAGCAUAUGAAGUCAAUGUUCCAUGAUAGUGUUUCUCUCUAAGGAUUCAAUGAAAGUACUAAAAUAUUGCUAUUUUUCCUUAGCAGAGUAUACCAGACUAAUACUAUUAUAUAGUCCAAACAAAAUGCAAAAAUAAAUACUAUAUGAUGUAGUAGCAAAAACAUGUAAUAGAGAAAGUAGGGUAUCGAUCUUGGGAUCCAUUGAUUCAAGAAUAAAUUGUUCUAUAA